GGUAUGUCCAAUCGAAACCGAGGGAUCUGUUAACUAAUCACAUUCCCUGUUCUGACCGCCGCUGUCACCGCAGCCAAUCGGGUGUCGGGAAACAGAGCUCCGGGCUCAACAGCUUGUUGUUCGUGAAUCUGUUCGCAGAGAGAAGGAAGCGGAGAGAAAAACAGAUCACCAUCUUCCGAGCUGGACUCCCUCAAAUAGCCGCAGAGAUGAAGGCAGCAGACGAGCCUGCCUACCUGUCCGUGGGGACGGAUGUGAGCGCCAAGUACAGAGGAGCCUUCUGCGAGGCCAAGAUCAAGACUGUGAAGCGCAUGGUGAAGGUCAAGGUGAACCUGAAAGGUGAGAGCACAUCUCAGGUGGUUCAGGACGACCAGGUGAAAGGACCGCUGAGGGUGGGCUCCACGGUGGAGGUGAAGACUAACGAGGGUCUGAGCAGCGAGGCAGUUAUCAGUAAGCUGACGGACGCCAGCCUCUACACCGUUGUGUUUGAUGAUGGAGAUGAGAAGACUCUUCGUCGUACAUCCCUUUGUCUGAAGGGAGAGAGACACUUUGCAGAGAGCGAGACGCUGGACCAGCUGCCGCUCACCAACCCGGAGCAUUUCGGCACGCCGGUUAUCGGGAAGAAGAAGAACCGUGGCGGGCGACGCUCCUCUCAGGCUGUGGCCGAUGAGGAGAACUCUUCGUCCUCCAGUGAGGAUGAGGAGGACAACCGCAGGAGACUGAAUGACGAGCUGCUGGGGAAGAUCUGCAGCAUCGAGAGUGAGGAGGAGCCCAGCAGCUGGUACCUGGCUCUGGUGGUGUCUCCCAGCUGUAACGAUGAGCUGCAGGUGAAGAAGGAUCAGUGUCUGGUCCGGAGCUUCAGUGACGCCAAGUUCUUCACGGUGGCGAGGAGACACGUCCACACCUUCACCUCGGUCGGCGCCACCAGGUCUGAGUUCUCCAGCAGGAGAGGCUUCGAGGCGGCGCAGGUGUUCCUGAGGUCAGGGGAAGUCCCUGAGCUGUGGAAGAUGGACAUGAGUCAGAUCCUGGACUCGUCCUCCAGCGAUGAGGAGAAGGAGAGCGAUGAAGACCAGGAAGAGGAUGAGGAGAAGAAGAAGAAGCACAUAAAGGAGGAGCCGGAGGAGGAGCUGGACCCAGAGGAGAGGGACCUGUUUCUGCAGCAGCUCUACAAGUUCAUGGAGGACCGAGGGACCCCCAUCAACAAGCCUCCAGUUCUGGGCUACAAAGACCUGAACCUCUUCAAGCUCUUCAGACUGGUCUACCUGCAGGGGGGCUGCCACAAGAUAGAGUCUGGGACGGUGUGGAAGCAGGUGUACGUGGAUCUGGGGAUCCCUGUCCUGAACUCUGCCGCCUCUUACAACGUGAAGACGGCCUACAGGAAGUACCUGUAUGGGUUUGAGGAGUACUGCCGCUCCGCCUCCAUCAGCUUCAGGACCAUCCACCACAACAACCCCCGUCACCCCCCCUCCCCGGCCAAUCAGAAGCCAGCUGGUCUGAAGCCUAAAGCGUCUCCAAAGGAAGAGGCGGGGCCCGAAGAGGAGGGGGAGGAGUCAGAGAGCGAGAAGGACGAAGUAAAGGAGAUGCAGACCUCACCCAGGGGGAGGAGGAGGUGUGUGGAGAGCCAUCUGAAGCCAGAUAGAGGCUCUCCCUUCAGACCAGGUCAAUGUCCAGGAACAGAGCACAGUGAGGAACUGAGGAGACGCAGCAACAGGAGGAUGGACGAUGAGGAGGACGAUGAGGAGGAUGAUGAUGAAGAGGAGGACGAGGAGAGGAGGAGAGAAGGUGCGGAGGAGGAGGAGGACGGAGACUCGGUGACAGGGACGAAGGUCAGGGUGAAGUAUGGCAGAGGGAAGACUCAGAAGAUCUACGAGGCGCACAUCAAGAAGACAGACAACGACAACGGGGAGCAGUUCUUCCUCGUGCAUUACUUCGGCUGGAACGUCAGGUACGAUGAGUGGGUGAAGGCGGACCGGAUCAUCUGGCCGGUGGAGAAAGGCACAAAGAAGAGGAGAAGGAAGAAGGUGAAGAACAAAGACGAUGCAGACCGAGACGAAGAGAAGCCCCCCUCCCUGCCUCCAGGUCUGAAGCCUGGAGCGAGGAGGGGUCGUCCUCAGACCAGGACCCCGCCCACCGCCGGACGCAGCGUCUCCAACACCCCCAGCAGUGAGGGCCGCUCCAACGGAAGGAGGACGGAGACCCCCGCCAGCCUGAACGGAGAGAACACCCCCCGCAGGAGAACCAGGAGAACUUCAGGGAUAUACGACUCGGACAGAGCGUCCAACGAGGAUUCUGGGAACUCCUCAGAGGACAGCGACUCAGAAGACCCGUCUGACAAGAAGCCGACUCCAUGGAGACGGAGGCCUGAAGCCCCACCCUGCCCCGAGGAAGAGGAGGGGAGGGGAGAAGAAGAACAAGAGGAAGAGGAAGAAGGAGGAAGGGAGAGAGAGGUCGCUGAUGCCACGUCGGCCGCUAUCGAUGCUAACAAUGCUAAUAAGGCUAAUGACGCUGUGGUGACACCUCCGCGUCCCAGCAUGCAGCAGGAGAAACCUGACAGCCUAUCAGAGAGGGAGGACCAGGAGGAGGCGGGACGUCAGGAGGAGGCAGUGGAGGCGGCCAUGAUGCUGGUCCACCUGGAGGAGGAGAAACUGAGGAGUCCUGAGAGAGACCCGGAGACUCCUCCCCCUCAGGAGGGGAGGAACCCAGUCUGCAGGACGCCUCCUCCCCUGGCUAUCAAGACACCUCCCCUCCUCUCCAUUAAGACACUCUCCCCCCCCCCCCUCAAACAUGACACUUCCUACACAAGCCAAUAUAACUCCCACAGCUCCUGAUAUCACAACGUCUCCUCCUCCCCCCGUUAAAACUCCUCCUAUCACGACAAAUAAGACACCUCCACCUUCAAUUAAUGCUCCUACUCCCACGUCAAUUCAGACACCUCCUCUCACAAUUAAUACUCCUCCCUCACCUGUUAUCAAGUCAGCUCCUGAGGAGCAGCUGCCAACCCCCCUGUCCCCCGUAGAGGAGCCGCUCUCCCCCUCUAGGCCCAAAAGCCGUCGGGCUCUCCUCUCUGAAACUCCUC